UUAUAAUGUAACAUGUCACCAGAAAUACAGAACCAUAAAAUUAGAACACAAUCUCAAUAUGGCCUGAGUUAAACAAUAAAAAUCAGUUACGUUAACUUUAUUGUUGCUUCAAGGUCACCCCUAAAUGAAAUGAAAGGAAAAGGAAGGAAAAUAAAAAAAAAAAAGAAGGAUGGAAUGUAAAGAUAGAGAGAAUUUUACUUCUACGAGUUACUCACUUAUUAAGUAAAUAAUUAAUGGAGUAAAAAGAUAAGACUGAAAAUAUUGUCCCAUUAUUCAAACAAAGAUGCAAUUGUUUGACUGUUGUAUAAUAGUGUGCCUGUGUGUGACCAAAGAAAAUAGAGGCGGCACUUGGGCUUCUUUUAUUCACACAAGAUGAUAUUCAAGACCCAAAACUACAAAUUCCCACUUGGCAAAUGCCAUAAGUCUGUGCAGCGACUGACAUACCAGAGACGGCUCAGCUGUUUUAGUUUAGUUGUUAGUACAGUACUAAUCUGAAUGAAUCAAAGUCUUGUCUCAGUGGAAAAGUACAGCACGGAAGUGGCAUUACCUCAUGGGGUUACUCAGUCAACACUUGUUCAAGUGAAAUAGCAUGGAGUGAAUAGCCAUCCCAAAAUAAUUAGAAAGAAGAGGAACUUGCCAUUUUUUUCCCUCACGUUUGCUGUGGUCAUACUCUGCUGUUUUUGUCGAGGUCUGGCUCAGGAUCCAGCUGAGAGGAAUAUAGAACAGUCUGCUGUCUUUCUGGAAAAAUCUCUGUUGGAGAGAGCUGUUUGCAAUGGAGGGGGAAAGUCUCAAAGGGACCAGCCACGAGGCGCCCGGUCAGGAGAACCGCCUGGUGAAGAAAAUUGACGUGCUGGACCGAGGCCAGUGGGCAAACAAGAUGGAGUUCCUGUUGGCUUCUGCUGGAACACUAGUGGGGCUGGGAAACCUUUGGAGGUUUCCAUAUUUGUGUUACAAAAAUGGAGGAGGCGCUUUUCUUAUUCCGUACAUCCUGUUUCUUCUUGCUUGUGGUAUCCCAAUGUUCCUGCUGGAGACAGCAAUGGGACAGUACACAUCCCAGGGAUGUAUUACCUGCUGGAGGUACUUUUGCCCCUUGUUUGAAGGCAUUGGCUAUGCAACCCAGGUCGUGAUUGCAUACGCAGCCGUGUCGUACAUUGUCAUCCAGGCGUGGGCUUUCUUCUACCUCUUCUCCUCCUUCAGUGCUGAGGUUCCCUGGGCCAGCUGCAGGAACAGCUGGAAUACAGAAACCUGUUUUGAAUUUGACAAACUAAACGUGUCGUCCAAUUGGACUGCGGCUUCAAAUGCAACGACGCCUGCAACAGAAUUCUGGGAGAGACGAGUCCUGGGUAUUUCUCAGGGGAUUGAGCAGAUUGGUAGCUUGAGGUGGGAAUUGGCCUUGUGUCUGUUACUGGCAUGGAUCCUGUGCUACUUUUGUGUUUGGAAAGGUGUAAGGUCCACUGGAAAGGUGGUUUACUUCACAGCAACAUUUCCUUAUGUCAUGUUGGUGGUUCUCUUGGUUCGUGGUCUCACUUUGCCGGGAGCUAUGGAUGGUUUAGCUUUCUACUUGUACCCAGACCCUUCAAGGUUGGUGGACCCUCAAGUUUGGAUGGACGCUGGUGCACAAGUUCUUUUCUCUUUCGGGAUUUGUCAGGGGAGUUUGACAGCUCUGGGCAGCUACAACCGAUAUAACAAUGAUUGUUACAAAGACACAUUUGGUCUGUGUUUGGUGAAUGGUGGUUCCAGCUUUGUGGCAGGACUCGCCAUCUUUUCUGUUCUGGGUUUUAUGUCUUAUGAACAAAGACUGCCAAUAUCUCAGGUGGCUGCUUCAGGACCUGGUUUGGCGUUCAUUGCAUAUCCUCGUGCUGUAGCCAUGAUGCCUUUACCUCAGCUGUGGGCCGUGUGUUUCUUCAUCAUGGUGAUCCUGUUGGGAGCAGACACACAGUUUGUUAGUCUGGAGUGCUUGAUGACCUCGGUCACGGAUAUGUUCCCCUUCGUGUUUCGAAGGUCUUACCGCAGAGAGCUGCUGCUGCUUUGUCUCUGCACUGUUUGCUUUCUUCUCGAUCUUCUUCUUGUCACAGAGGGGGGGCUGUACUUCCUUCAGCUCUUCGACCACUAUGUUUGCAGUGGCAGCAAUCUUCUCCUUCUAGCAACGUGUCAGUCGAUCGCCAUCGGAUGGAUAUAUGGUGCAGAUCGGCUGUAUGACGACAUUGAAGACAUGAUAGGAUAUCGCCCCUGGCCUCUUAUAAAGAUGUGCUGGUUAUAUGUGACCCCCACUGUCUGUCUGGGCACUUUCAUCUUUUCAGUAGUGAGAUACAAGCCUCUGAAGUUCAACAAAACCUACAUCUAUCCAUCCUGGGCCUACGCACUGGGAUGGAUGCUUGGACUCUUCUGUGUCACCAUGGUUCCUCUGUGGAUCAUCUUUAAAAUGUCUCAGAUGGAAGGGACAAUAAAACAGAAACUCAAGCAGCUAUGCGUCCCUGAAGUCCCACCGAACGGCAAAGUGAGGCAACCGGAACAGUACCCUCUGAACCCAGACAACACUCUGGCUCCGGCUACCAGUGACUGCAAGAGAAGCAGUGGAGCAGAGAUGGAAAUGCAAGUGUGACGACUGUGCAGACCCCAUUUUAAAUGCAACAUUUACUAUUUUUUUUUUUUAUUUCAAGAGAACGACACAUUCAAAAUACAUACAUUUGGUCUUCAAAUGUACAAGAUAACGUACUGAAAAACAUUUUUUUUUUUUUUUACCAAAAUAUAUUAUUUGGUUUAUAAUUGCCAUAAAAGUCAUAUAAGAUGUCCUCAUGAUUGUAAGUGUAAAUAAAGAAACAAAUGUCAUCUACAAUAAAACACAAGAUAAAAUGUCACUGUUUGCAUUUCCUUAGUACUGUACAGAGGCGGACUUACUGUAGCAGCUUGGGUUCCCCGGCCAGGAUCAAAUGGGGCCCUCUGUAGCGGUUGUUAUAAUCAAUUUAAAAAAAAAUCCUUACCUAUAUGAAUUACUUCUUCAUAGGUCCUCUAGUUGACAGAAACAAAGUGAACAUUCUAUAUGUUUUGAUAAGCAUUUAAAAACUGAAAUCACUUAAAAACUGUGGUGAAGCAAACCUGCGCGGAAAUUGAACAAGAAAGGAAAAAUACAGCGAUUUUGAGGAUAAAAACAAAACGAUUCACAUCAAAUAUAUAAUUUGCAGUGAACAUACAUUUAUUUUAUUAUAAAUCUCGUGACGGCAGGUGAGGAGGAUGGCAGGUGAGGAGGAUGGCAGGUGAGGAACUGCUUCGCCUGCCUCUCCUAACCACAUGUCCCUGGUUUAAACAUAAGGAUCUAAAAGCUGGUGAACCGAUCCCAAACCUGCCCAAGAUUGUCGGGGGAGGACAAAACACUUUCACAUGAUCAGUCUCAUGCCAUUACAGUGAUCUGGGGUGUUUUAAUGCCAGUUAAACAAUAAGGGGAGUCAAAUUUAUUUUAAACAUUCAUUAUUAGGUCUUCAGCUAGGGCCCCGCAGAUUUUGGCCACAGGAAAUCGCCUACCUUUGCCUAAUGGUAAGUCCGCCUCUAGUUGUUGUAUGUAGAUCAUGCAUUAAUGUAAGUUUGCUUUCAUGACUUUUUAAAUUAUAUUUGUUACAAAAAUCCAGCAUAUGUUUAUAUGUUCUUAAAAGGGUUUCACAUAGAGAUUCUUGUGAGCGAAUGUAUAUCAAAUGUCCUGCUUGGAGUAAACACUUGGAGUAAACACUA